AUGGGGAACAAAGUCAGAAAGCCUCCGGUGAGAGCUCCUCGCCCAAAGAAAACCAAAAGCUCAUCAGCUAUCCACGACGCCCUCAUCCGCGCACCAGCAUCAACAACCGCAGCGGAACCUGAGGAUCUCGCACAUGUCAAGAAUCAGAUUCUCUGGCAAGCUGGCAACCAAAGCGUUGCGGAAGCCCACGAGUUCGUGAGCAAACAGAUGCACAACGACAACAGCAGAGACGUGGAUUUCAUCACGAAAGGAAUUGGGAAGCUGGACUUUGCGCGCCAAAACGAAUUCAAAGUCACCAAGAAUGCACCGUCAUCAAGCCGCCUCGACUGGUUCUUCAAGAGCCCAGAACAACUCGCUAAGCGAGAGGCGAGGAGRGAUAAGGCGAAGAAAAUGGAGGCCGAGAAGCUCGCGAAGCGAUGA